AUGGCCAUGGAGGAGGUCAGCCUCCCCCCAUCCCCACCCCCACCUGACAGCAGCAGGAAUGGAAGGCACAGGACAGCGUGGCCCACCUUCUCCAAGGCUGCUGCCCGGAGACCCUCCUUGAAGGAGAAGAUGCUCUGCGGCCGUCCCGAAUGCAGACCCACUUCCCCUAUGGGGGUCUCGACUUUAUUUCGUCUCCCCACAUGGCUGACCAAAACACACAUGGCGCCACUGGGCCUCAGGCUGUGGUACACGCUGACGUUCUCGCUGUUCCGAGGAAUAGCUGUUACUCCGGUCCAGACAGCAGGCAGGAAGGACGGCCAUGCUCUGCUCUCACUGGCUGAGAGUGAACUUGAGGAGCAGUUUGUGAAAGGACACGGUCCAGGGGGCCAAGCAACCAACAAAACAAGCAACUGUGUGGUGCUGAAGCACAUCCCCUCUGGCAUCGUUGUAAAGUGUCAUCAGACAAGAUCCACUGAUCAAAACCGAAAACUAGCACGGAAAAUACUGCAGGAGAAAGUGGACAUUUUCUACAAUGGGGAAAACAGUCUGGUUUAUAAAGAAAAACGAGAGGCAGAGAGGAAAAAGCAAGAGAGGAAAAAAAGAGCGAAGGAAACCCUGGAGAAAAAGAAGCUCCUUAAAGAACGAUGGGAAACAAGUAAAACCGUCCAGUGA